AUGGAAGAUUUACUUUCGUCCCAUGCCAUACCAGGUAGAGCGUACCUGAGAGCCUGUACAGAGGUUUGUAGACCAUUUCUGAUCAUUCCUCGUCAUGGAAAAUCUGUGAGACUCGUGAAGAUGAACGUCUGCGUCUUUGUUUGUUUCAUCACAAAGGCGUUUCACCUAGAGCUCGUCAGUGACCUGAGUAUUGAUGCGUUUCUUGCAUCUUUCAAGCUUUUCAUUGGACGCAAAGGGAACCCCGUCGAGAUAUUCAGCGAUUGUGUGACCAAUUUAGUCGGGACUAAACAUGUGCUGAAACUAUGGAGUUCGGAGGCGAUUGGGUGGUAUUUGGCCAACGAAAGUGUUGUCUGGAGAACAAAUGUUCCAUCGUCCCCACAUUUCGGCGGACUCUGGGAGCCGUCUGUGAAAUCGAUGAAGUAUCAUUUGAAACGAGUAAUAGGAUGUCGAAUCCUGACUUAUGAAGAGUUUUCAACCUUUCUAGUGGUGACCGAGGCAGUACUAAACUCCAGACCAUUGGUUGUUGCUUCGGAAGAUCCCGAGGAAUUUCACUGA